CCUCCCGGUCCCCGACCGCUCGCUCCGCGCCAAGCUCGCCGCCUCCGAGGACCUGCGCCGCCGCCUCCAGGACCGCGUCUUCGCGCUCGAGGAGGAACUCCACGCCGCCGCCCGCCGCAUCGACCUCCUCAAGAACGAGUCGGCGAUGAACGCGGAGGGGAUCCGGCGCUGCGUGGAGGAGAAGGAGGCCGUGGCGGCCGCGCGCGACCAGCUCGCCGCCCACGCCGCCAGGCUCGAGAAGGAGUGCGGCCUCUACGAGCGCGACCUGGAGCGCGCCAUGGAGUCCUGCGACGAGCUCGCCAGGGAGAGCGACGACCUGCGCAACCGCCUCCGUGACGCCCCCGACCUUACUGAGCAAGUGCAAGCGCUGCAGAGGGACAAGGAGAUACUCAAGACCAACCUAAACAAAGCAGAGGAGGAGGUUAAGUUGCUAUUCGAGGAGAACAGAGCCCUCGACGAAGCCAACAAGAGGCUGCUGUGCUUGCUGGAGAAGGAGCAGAAGCAUCGGUCCGAAAGAAAGCACUCCGCCAGUAAUUCCACCAAGCAGAAACGCAAGUCGUCGAGCCUGAAGGACACGAGCCCGGUCGGCCUGGCCAUCGAUUUCAACAGUGCGGACGCGUCGAGGCAGCCGCUGUUGCCCUUGCAGCCAAACUCUCCGGACUGCAGGGUGCAUAAGAAGUGAAGCUGGCCGUCCCGGCAUUCUCCUCUGGAUGGCUUAAACUGAAGUGAACUGAACAACUACCCCUUAGCUAGGCAUCGUCGCUUGCUGCUUGCCUGAUCCAUCUGACUAACUUGCUGGGUUUAUUUGGCAGGUUCUUGUCGGUAGAACCUCCUCGGUCAUAUGUAGCCUGUGUUUUCCGCUUUCUUCUUCCGCUUGUCUUGGCAGCUGCCUGUGUCUAUCAUAUCAUGAUCCUUUCAUGACAAAAUUAGUAGUGUUAUCUUAGUAGUUUUGUGUCUGGUGAUGAGCGUGUAAGGCGCUGAUUCGACGCUUAUUGUGGCCACUUCGCCGUGUCUCUAUAUCACUUCUCUGUUCCCUGGCUGUCAA